CUUUGUGUCUCUCUCUUGUCUACUUGAUGAUAUUGUAUUGUAUUCCUGUAUCGAAUAUCUUUUUCCGUAGUUUUCAAUAUUAUCCUUUCAAGCGAAUUCGAUUCUAUUCAUUGCCGAUAACAACAGAAAUAAAGCCCCAAGAAUUCGCCCAAUUUUACCACCAUCACCGUUUCGAAUUCCAGAGGGUUAUGCAUUUUGGAGCGGAAGGCAAUGGCGGAACCCAUAAGCAGAUUCAGAAUCGGCUACGCGCUCGCACCGAAGAAGAAAUAUAGCUUCAUCCAGCCUUCCCUGGUGGACCUCGCAAGCCAGCGCGGCAUCGAUCUCAUCCCGAUCGACGUCGACAGGCCCCUAGCCGAUCAGGGCCCGUUCGACUGCGUCCUGCACAAGAUGUGCGGCGAGGACUGGAAGAACCAGCUCAAGGACUACGCGGCGGGGAACCCCGCCACGCGGGUCAUUGACUCGCCGGACGACAUCGAGCGGCUGCACAACCGGAUCUCGAUGCUCGACGUGGUGGGGGAGCUGGAGUUGAAUUUAGAGACCGCCAGGACGGAGUCCUUCGGGAUCCCGAAGCAGGUAGUUAUACAUAACGAGGAGACUCUGAUGAAUCCGGAUUUGUGGACCGAGGGUUUGAAAUUUCCCGUCAUUGCGAAACCCUUGGUUGCCGAUGGGAGCGCGAAGUCGCACAAGAUGUCGCUGGUGUACAACCGAGAGGGUUUGAGCAAGCUGAAGCCCUCGAUCGUGCUGCAGGAAUUCGUGAACCACGGCGGCGUGAUAUUCAAGGUGUACGUCGUCGGGGACUACGUCAAGUGCGUGAAGAGGAAUUCCCUGCCGGACGUGUCGGAGGAGAAGGUCAUGAGCCUUGAGAGCUCUUUGUGUUUUUCGCAGAUCUCGAAUCUGCCUUCACAUGACAAGAGCGACGAGGUUAAGUAUUGCACGUCGAAUUUGUUGGAGGAGGCGGAGAUGCCUCCGUCGCGUCUUAUCACUGAUAUUGCUCUCGGGUUGCGAAAGGCGACCAAACUGCAUCUUUUUAACUUCGAUGUUAUUAGGGAUAUUAGGGUUGGGAAUAGGUACUUGGUAAUUGACAUAAACUACUUCCCCGGGUACGCAAAAAUGCCGUCGUACGAGACUGUUUUGACGGACUUUUUCUGCGAUAUGUUGGGGAAGAAAGAGAAAGAUUGAUAAAAAGAAGCAAUUUCGGUGGUUGGCAAUAAUGGGCGUGAAUGGAAUUGUGGGUUUCCUUAGUAGGGAAGAAACAGAGUAACCCAUUCAAGUAUGAUGCUACCGAAUAGGCAAUAGAGUUGGGACCAUGGUUUAGUUUGUUGGUUCAUUGCCCAAAAGUUUGGGUCAAGAGAAGCCGCUCAAGUGUGAAGACCAACAUUUCUUUUAGAAUAGAAGUUACUAUUAGUGGUCAAUAAGUAGGCUCUUUGCUUCCGUUUACAUGGUGUUCCUUGUUGAUCAUGUAUAUUUCCAUUGUGGGUUUGGGAGAGACAAGUACUUGACUGGGAGAUGGGUACUUCUCGAAUACUCACAAGUUUUUGGUAUAUGUAAUUCAUGGCUUAGGAACUGUUCAAAUGUCUGGCAACUUUAAUCAAUGAAUUUUGGUAUUUUGUCGA